AUGCGCGGGGCGCUUGCACCCACUCACCAAGCGAGCUGGCGGCCUCGCAGCGUGGUCAAAUCGGCGACGACACCAGGGCACAGCAGACCGAGUACCCGAGGGGUGCGAGUUGCUGCCAUCUCUUCUGAUGAUGGACCUUCAACUUCAGGCAGUGACAAGGCGGCCAGCAAAGAUCGGGUUCUCAGGAGGCCCAAGGUAAGAAGGCAACGAAGACGGUCAACUAAAGGCCAGCCCAGCAACCGUCCACAGCAGAAGGGCGGCGAUUCAGCACCAGUAAGGAGAAACACGGAAGAACGCAGCUCAGUGGUGUCUGCAAGUCCACAUACAGGCAGGGACCUCAAACAAGGCAGCAGUGCCCAAAGCCGGCUAAGCGCUUCGGCAGAGAAUGCCAGGACUUCGCUUGCACAAUGGAGGGCCACCUCAGAAAAGCCCACCCUCAAGAAUGGGGAUAGCCAGGAACAGGACCAGCAAGGUCGCCAUGCAAAGAUAGAACGCAGCAGAGGAGGUGACACCACCAUGAGGUCAUCUGGAAACAGAGAUGUUGUCAGAUCCCAGCAGCAAAGCAGUGGCUCAGCCUCUGACGUUGGCAACGACCAGGACAAUACCUGGACAUCUCCAGGUGUUAAUGUGGGUGCUGAUUUCAUGAAGGGCUUUGAUAUUCCCCUGGGAGAUUUGGAGGAGGGCGAUGGUGAUGGGACAGAGGGUGGCGUGGAGGGCGAUGAGGAACUGGAGGAAGAUGAUCUUUUUGAGGAGAGUGAAGAAGCAAGGGCUCGGAUAGUGGAAAUGGGAGGCUUUGAUAUGGGUGAGAUAUUUGGGAUCCCUGAUUUCAGCCCUGAUAAGCUGGAGAAAAUCGUUGCCCUUGAAAAGGAUGACGAUGAUGACGAUGACGAUGAGGAUGAUGAACUGGAUGGCGAGGAGGAAAUUGAUGAUGAGGGCGAGGAGGAAGAGGAAAUGGCUUUUGAAAUAGAAGGGGACUUGUCAGAUGCUGAAGCCAAGAGGUUCUUGAAGAGGGCAGCAACUAUUGAUGCUAACGAGCUGCUGCAGGGCAAGGAACUGUUCAGGGACCCGAAAUUCGACUAUGACAAGGAACAAACGAAAGAAGGCGGGUUUGAAUAUGAUAUUGAACGUGAGAUGGUUGAGCUGAUUGAGCAGGUAUUCAAACGCCCUGGAAAGAAGGUGAGUGUGAGGCUGUUUGUGCACUGCUUGGCUUGCUUUGCCAUGCCACAUCAUCCACGGCAUUAG